GUUCAUAUUUUACCUUUGGGGCUUUACCUGUCAAGUUUCGCCCGUGUGAAUACCUUCACCGACACUGCAAUAGGCUUCUCGUUGAUGGGCCCCCCAUAAACGUUGAAUCCGUGUGGCCACCCGAGUUCUGAACACAUUGACCAUAUCGCCAGUCCUGCUGCUGAGGCACCGCUGCUAGCUUUUACGAGGUCGACGGCACAAGAUCUUGGGCACAUACCGACACGUUCACUGUGUCCACCGAAGAUUAUGCCCAGAGGGCCAGUCGGCACGGGUGUUCGUUCACUGCUACUGGCGCUACCCAAGAGUGCCCAAGCAAUAGAUGCCUGGUCUACCUUACUGACCGACGAGAGCCGCAGUCCCCUGCGAGUGUAUCAUUCAUUCCCCUUGGCCCAGAGACCCCGCCCAACCGGAGCAGACGAUGUUGUCAGCAACAGCAAAUGCGGCUCGGGCCUGGAGAUAGCACCGAGGAAAGGGCAACGUCACGAACAUGUUUCGUUCGAAGGUGCGGUUCAGGCCCCCAACGACAGCUGUUGAAACUCGGCCGAGAAAAGCCCC